UCGGCAGACAGGUGAGCCAGGCGACCAAAGGAACCAUGCUCCCAGUGUUUUCGGGAAAGUUAUGCCAGUUUCUCAGCGUAACUCGGUUCCCUUCUAUCCUAUUCCUUGGAGUUAUUUAUGUAGCCUAUGUCCUUGUUGGAGGGCUGAUCUUCUGGAAACUAGAAGGAUGGUAUGUGUUGCAACAGAUUGAUCUCCUGAAGGAGAAAAGAAUGAAACUACUUGAGAAGUACCCAUGUGUGGGUCAGAAUGGGCUCCGAGAACUAGCAGAGAUGAUAAAAGCCGCUUCCCUGAGUGGCUUGAGUCCAGACAGCAAUGACACCGCAGAUGGCUUCUGGAAAUUUACCAGCUCAUCUGUGUUUGCGGCAACUGUGGUCACAACUAUUGGCUAUGGGAAUAUAAUUCCACUGACAACGGCUGGUCAAAUUUUCUGUGUGUUGUUUGCUCUUUUUGGCAUUCCUUUGAAUGUAGUGAUCUUAAAUAGAGUUGGAAAAUACAUGUUGGCCAUUGAGAGGAAUUUUUGCAAUUUUCUGGAGAAAAAAAUUGAUAGAGGGAAAUGUGUACGAAUAUCCAUUCACAGUAUAUCCUUUGUGAGUUCAGCGUUCCUGUACUUUGUGGUUCCUAUGCUGCUUUUUAAAGAAUAUGAGGGAUGGAGUUAUGCUGAAGCUAUUUAUUACUGUUUCAUAACACUCAGCACUAUUGGAUUUGGAGAUUAUGUUGCAGAUCACAACCCAGAGAUAAACUACCCAGAGUGGUACAGUUGUCUGAUGGCAGUCUGGAUAUUCUUUGGUCUGGCUUGGCUUGCUCUUCUGAUCAAUCACUCCAUUGAUUUACUGGAGAGUCUGAAUGCUUACAUGAGAGGAAGGCAGAAUGCAGAAACACAAGUGGAGGAGUCCAAAGAACAGCCAGAAAAAGGACUGAAAGGGGAAGAAACAUGAAACAUGAAAAAUGAAAUUAACAGUGGUAUGAAAAACAGAAGGGUGUCUGGUGUGAAUAAUACUGUAUCUACUCAACAUAAAACAAUAUAUGGUUAAUUAUUAAGUUAAAUACUCAAUGUUUAAAGUAUCCUUUAAACUCAUAGUAAAACUGAUAGAAUUCAAAUCAUAGUUUCUCUUAAAAACUGAAAUGUUUUGAUUACCAAACAAACUUUAUGGUUAAAACAGUAAUGAUAUUUGAGCAUCACUUGUCUGUUUGACAAUAUUUGGGUUGAAAAUUUCGCUCAGUUUACUUCAAAUUAACCGCUGUCACACCACAAACCAACUGUAAACUAAAUUAGAGGCCUGUAAAACUUACAGUGAGUUUAUGUAUUAUAUAACACCAUCAUUACACACAUUAGUAAUAUUACAUAUGUGAUGCAAUCUAGAAAAACCCAACACAAUGUGAAAUGUUAUCUUUACCUUUUUCAUAAGGUGAUACCAUAUGAAAGGUGGGUUCAAGCCCUUUCCAAAACUAUUUUUAUUUUGUCCAUAGCUUGAAUAUAACCAAAGUUGUGGCUAUCUUAAAUUGGCUGAUAACCAUCACUUUCAGGAAUGGACGGCUUUCACUUUCACUUCACGGGGUUUAUCGAAAGCUGUCUGUCAAUUCAGGAGCGCUAUACUGAAUCAUUAAACAUACAGACUAAGGUCUGUUUUCCAUUGUUUAUCAUGGGCAUAGACUCUGAACUUUUGAUCAUCCCGUGUAUGUUUAGACAGCACCAAUAGUGUACCUAGUAGUUUACAUUUAGAAAAGCGAACACAGUGCAACUGUUAGUGCACUGUGCAUAAAACAGACUCAUCAGACUCCUCCUCUUUAGUAACUUCAUCAUCCGAUCCUUUAUCUCUGGAUGUGAAAUAGUCCAUUAUAACAUUGUUUAGGGCACUGACAUCACCAAGAUUGAGCAGAUUUAGAUGAGUAAGAUCGUUUAAGUGAGCAGCUACAGUACUUCAGACUGCGUUGUUGCGCUCCGCCAUAUCACGAUAAAAAAAAAAAAAAAAAAAAAAAAAAAAA